UGAGUAAGAAAAAAAGCCCAAUUACAAACCUUAUACUUAUACAUUGAAUUGAUUACUGAAUUUGGAGAAGAAUAUUUGAGAAUAAUAACUGCAGAUGAGUAAGAAGAAAGAAAUGGAGGAUUUGGAAAACAACAAUGGUGACUUUGUUUCCAAUGAAGAAAUUAGAAUUUUCAUUGAAUCUCUUACCAAACCUCAACUCGUUGAUCUUCUCUCUCAACUAGGGUCCAAAUAUCCUUCAAUUGCACAAGAAAUAGAAAGUUUUGCAAAUGUUGAUCGUGCUCGUCGAAACCUUAAUGCAUUUCAAGUGCAUGGAAAAUCGACUCAGAGUGCACCAAGAAAAUCGACUCAGAGUGCAUCGAGUGCACCAAACAAGUUUGUUCGUGGAGUAUGUAUGUUAGAUGAUGAGACCAGAAGAAUCAGAAGUGCUCCUGAUCUUUCCGAGAGAAAUCUUUUUAUUGAAAACUUAUCAGCACAAGUAACAAGGGAAAUGCUGCUCGACUAUUUUGAGAGGCAUGGUGAUAUAGAGGAAUGUUUACUUGUAUGUCAACGUCGCGCGGGUUCAAAGGUAUCAAGUUAUUCUGGCAUCGUUACAUACAAGACAGCAGAGGCAGCAAAGAAAGCGAUAGAUGACCUAGAUCAAACGACUCUUGGGGGAAGAACUAUAACUGUAAAAUAUUAUGAUACAUUAUAUGGAGGUGGUCAGCCGUCUGUUCCUGCAAGAAUAGCUCCAAUGGAAGCCUUACAUAUGUCUCCAGAAUAUGUUGAGGGUUACACAUACCCCCGACCUGGUGCACCAUAUGCCGCACCACGUUAUCCAUACCCCCAAACAGGUGCACCAUUUGCUGCGUCUCCUUAUCCAUACCCCCGAACUGAUCCACCAUAUGCCGUGUCUCCUUAUCCAUACCCCCGAACUGAUGCACCACAUGGUGCACCACCUUAUCCAUACCCGCGAACUGCUGCAAGAUUUGCUUUACCUCCUUAUCCAUACCCCCAAACCGAUGCACCAUCAUAUGCCGCGUCUCGUUAUCCAUGACCCCAAACUGAUGCAUCACAUGCUGCACCGCCUUAUCCAUACCCCUGAACUGCUGCACUGCCUUAUUCAUACCCCCGAACUGCUGCACCACCUUAUCCAUACCUCCAAACUGCUGCACCAUAUGCUGCAUCUCCUUAUCGAACUCUUCUCACUGCACCUUCUCCUCAGUAUUAUUACUAUCCCAACUCAUGAAUGUACUAUUUUGCUAAACACUGACAUUGCUACUUCUUUCUGUACUUUCAUGUUCAAUUCUUAUUAGCUCCUA